AGCGGCCCGUGCGGCUGGGCAGGCAGGCAGGCAGCGCUGUGGGACCAGCGGCGGCGGCGGCGGCGGCGGAGCGGGAUCUGGGCAUCUCUGGCAAGGCCAGCAUUUCUUCCCUUCCUAAUUGGACUUGAGAAGGUGGUGGUGAGCUGGCUUCACGAACUGCUGCAGCCCUUCUCCUUAAGGCCUUCAGAAUGCUCAGAGGACUGUGAAGUGUGGCGUGUUUUAAAGGGAGUUAAGUGAGCAAGGAAAGUGAGUGCCAAUGCAGCAACACAGGCAGCAGCCAGAACUUGUGGAAGGAAAUCUUCCCGUCUUUGUAUUUCCAACGGAACUGGUAUUUUAUGCAGAAGAUCAGUCAACACACAAACAGGUGUUGACUCUUUACAAUCCAUACGAGUUUGCAUUAAAAUUUAAAGUUCUGUGCACUGCCCCGAACAAAUAUGUUGUUGUUGAUGCUGCAGGUGCAGUGAAGCCCAAAUGCUGUGUCGACAUUGUUAUUCGCCAUAGAGACGUGCGGCCCUGUCAUUAUGGUGUCAUAGACAAAUUCCGGCUACAGGUUUCGGAACAAAGCCAACGGAAAGCACUGGGUAAAAAGGAAGUGAUUUCUGUUCUCCUUCCAUCUACAAAAGAGCAAGAGCGGAAGGAGGAGGAGGACAAACACAUCAAGGAGCAUCUGGCUGAAGCAGUAUUUUUUGAACAGACUUCAUUCCAGCAGGAAUCUAGAACUGUCUCUUCAGGACCCAGUCUGCUCACUGUCUUCUUGGGAAUCAUCUGCAUUGUAGCAUUGAUGUUACCGACACUUGGAGAAGCAGAGUCCCUGGUGCCUGUCUACCUCCACUUAAGUGUCAAUCAGAAGUUAGUUGCUGCAUAUGUUUUGGGGCUGGUGACCAUGGUCAUCCUGCGUACAUGAGGGAGGAACGGCCGGUGAAGUGACUGAGGCCGAGUCACCACAUGCAGCUCGCCGCCUCGUUGGCUGAGCGGAAGGAAACUGACCCGGGCCCGGCUCUGCCCGUCUCCUGCGUGUUUUAAUAUUUACAGCUUGAGCAGCCUGUAAGCAUCCUCGCCGACAGCACCAUCAUAAGCUUUGUUUUAAUGCUCUGAAUAUGUUGGAGAAACAGUUUCACAUGUGCACAGAACUUUUAUUAAACAGAAUAUCAUUUAUUACAUUUUAAACUGGCUGCAAAUACUAUGGGUCUCACCACAUGGGCGGGGUUUAGUCCCCAAUAAGUGCAUACGCCUCCCUACCCGCCAUAGCACAGAAUAUAAUCCAAGUAACUAGUACAAUGGGAUCUGAGAAAAAUUAACUGUUCUCCUCAGCUCCGGACACCACUAUCUUCUGAGCUUUUUAUUUAAAUGUCUACAUCAAACUUUAAGAUGAUUAUUAAAUAGCCUCAAUUGUUCAUAGUAAUUACUCAGUGCGUAGCUCAACUCUGAGGCAGAAGCUUGAAUUCAAAUCCUGCCUCGUUUUCCCACUCGGCCUCAUCUGCCAUGCUCCACAGCUAGAGUCUCACAGUAUAAGAGGGACCCAAUACUGUAAUUCUAGUGACCAGUUCUCCUGAAUAUCCUAGUCAAUAUUUAUCCCUCGCCAAACUUCACUAAGAUUAUUCAGUGGUCAUCACACUGUGGGUAAUGUUUGUGUCCAAAUUGAGGUUUUCCAUGGCAAUAAGUGGCUAUAUUUCCACAAUACUUCAUUGGCUGUGAAGUCUGAAUUGUACAGAACUGCUUAUUGCAGCCAUUCCUCACUUGCUGCAGAGUGGACCAAGAGGAAGCAGAAUGCAUUCAUAGUAGCUACAGUAGUUCACAGGGAGAUUGAUGUGAUGUGUAUUGAUGCACAGAGCCAGUGUAGGACCAUUAUACACUCUGUUGCCGUCACUCGUUGAUGGAAUGAAAGUUGCCUCAGGUUUGUCCUGGAACCUGCUCUCACUGGGGUGAUUGUAACUAGGUUUUUGGUCAUUGCACAAGUGCCUUCUACAAUGAAGGGUAACAUGCUGUGGCAUAUCUCUUGCACAAACAACCCUCUCGUCAGUAUGAGUACACUGAUUACAGCAUUAAGAGAUUCACGUUUCCUCUGCAGGACAAAGGAACCAAGCAGCCCUUCCCCUUGGGAUGUUUUAACUUGUAUUGUUCCUGCCAAUGGGGGAAAAGGGACGGUGGGAGCAACAAAGUCACACGGAAGUCUAAUCCUUGGGCAUCCAGAGUCCAAAUCAAAAGAAGUCUUAGCACCUAAUCCUACAAACAACUGCAAAACCUUUCAUAAUGUAGCAAAUGGUUGGGAUGAGGCAAGAGGGAUAUUGAUGACAAUGGAAUAGUAUUUGAUAAAGAGAGAAAAAUAAAUGAAUGAAUAAAAUGUAGGUCUUAUAAUACACCUUGCCCUGUGCACCUGUCAGCUGCUCCAUACUUUGCCAUUUCACUGUUGUUUGUGCAUCCUUCAGAGAGCUGCAUGUUUGAUGUGUAUCACCACUGCUGCCUGGCAGAUCAUUCCCUUUUCUUGAUCAGGAAAGGUAAACCCAGGCUGUUCUAGAGGGAAUACUUCAAAACAAUGAACAUAUUUAAAGAACUUGUUUAAAGUUUUAAGGUCUACACAUAUAUUACAUGAAAUCUUGAGUUACUGAAUGAAGUUAAAUUGUGACUUCAUCUGUUACAAAUACAAGCAGGGGAAGAUAAGUAGGAAGUAUCCAGAAAUGAAUCACAGCCAUCCACACUGCAGACUCUGUGAAGCUGUUUUUAAAAGACAAAGUAUGACACCUUGUAAAUGUUUACAUCAUGAUUUAUACAAUUUAUUUAAACAUUUUAAUAAAGUUAUUUUUGAGAACA